UUCACUGGCCAGCAUGCUCGGAGCCCUGCUUCUCCUGCUAGGCCUCCUGGGGGCUAGCCUGGCUGGCCCCAUCCCUAGCCCCCAGGAAUGCGCACAGGGCACGGCCGUAUGGUGCCGGGACCUGCAGUCGGCUGCAGCAUGUGGAGCUGUGGAGCACUGCCGUGGAGCCGUGUGGAGCCGGGCCACCGCCAAGUCCCUGCCCUGCCUGCUGUGCCAGGAUGUGGUGGAGGCCGCCCGCAACGGGAUGAACCCCGAUGCCACCGACAGUGACGAACUGGCCCUGCUGGGGAAGGUCUGUGAAUGGCUGCCCAAACCGGCAUCCGUAGCCAAGUGCCAGCAAAUGGUGACGGCACAGUCCUCGGCCGUACUGGGUCUGCUGCGAGACAGCCCGGGAAGUGCCCUGGCUCAGGCGUGUGUGGCCCUCACCCUCUGCCAGCCCCUGCAGCAGGAGCCGGUCAGCCUGGGGUCCUUUGACUGGGGGGAGCAACCUGAAGGUGUGGUUCCCUUCCUGGCCAGUGGGGCCCUCCGAUUUCACCCCCAGCAGCAGAACACCAAAGACACCGCGUGCCAUGAUUGUAUAGGGUUGAUGACCCGGCUCCAGGUGGCUGCGGGCUCCAACCUGCCUGCUGUGGCAGUGGUCAGUGCGCAGGAGGAGUGUAUGAUGCUGGGGCCCGGCAUGGCCCCGCUCUGCAAGAUCUACAUCCGCCAUCUUCUAGCGCGAGCUGAGCCGAUGCUGGCAGACGCCACCCCACGGCAAAUCUGUUUCCGGGGGGGCUUCUGUGAGCGGCCGGAGGUAGCUGUGCCCCGGGCUCAGGCAGUGGUGGCACUGACCAAUCCAGCGCUGGAGCUGGCGCCAGCCACCCAGAAGAGGGGCGAGGUGCAGAUGCAGUCGGGUGUGACCUGUGAAGUGUGUCUCCAGGUGGUGCAGAAGUUGGACCAGUGGCUGGAGAGCAAUAGCACUACGACAAUGAUCAGCCAUGCCUUGGAGCGCGUGUGCAGCUUCAUGCCCCGCACCAUCACACAGCAGUGCGUGAUGCUGGUGGACACCUAUAGCCCCUCGCUGCUGGAGCUCAUCAGCAGGAUCAAGCCAGAUCAGGUGUGCCACAGCUUACAUCUCUGCACUGGCCGAAGGCGGGCCCGGGCCCUGCUGGAGGAUUAUAGGGUGCACAGGGAGCACGGGGCACAUGCCACGACAACGAUGUCCCCCCUGGAAGAACUAGAGAAUCAGGGCAGCUUCUGUAGCCCCUGCAAGAAGCUCAUGUUAACAUCCACCCAAAACCUGGACAGGAAGAGCACCAAGCGCGACAUCCUGAUGGCCUUCAAGGGCGGCUGCAGUCUCCUGCCCCCGCUCUACAAGUUUCAGUGCAACCACUUCGUCACCAACUACGAGCCGGUACUCAUCGAGAGCCUCCAUGACGUUAUGGAGCCAGAUGCCCUAUGCAAGAAGAUAGGUGCCUGCCACCUGCCCCGGACGCCGCUGGGCACUGACCAGUGCGUGCUGGGUCCCAGCUUCUGGUGUCGAAGCCCUGAGUUGGCCGAGAUGUGUAACGCCACUGAGCACUGCCAGCGUCACAUGUGGAAGGACAAGGUGCCAGGCACAGGCAGAACCGAGUGAAAGGAGUGGUCACGCUUCCCGGUCCAACCCCCCACCCCGUUCCUCUUGGAAUCGUGAAGAUGCUUCGAGGUGGGUGCUGGGCCCACCCCCAUCCCACUGGGCAAAGGGGGCUGGGAAGGCGUCGGAGCUUUGUGGUCCUUCAGCAGGGUCCUCACUACUGCCCUCCCUGCUGCCACCUUGCUGGGGGCCUGGCCAGGGUCUCUGGUGCCCUUUUUAUUGGGCAGGAGUGUUUGUCUGGGUUUGGGAUGG